AUGUUUAAAAAAAGCAGAAAUCUUAUAAAACAUUUUAAAUGUUUCAGAAAUUUUAAUAAUGACGCUUUUGUCAUUGGAACUAAACCCGAAGUCGACUCACGAACUUAUCAGGAAAACUAUUAUGAGAUGAAAACACUUGUAGAAAAAUUAAAAUCAACUGUCCAAACAAUAACUGAAGAAUCUAGAGGUUCUAAAUCAGGAAAGAGACAUGUCAGCAAAGGAAAAUUACUCCCUCGAGAGCGAAUAAACACUCUGCUGGACCCUGAGUCUCCGUUUUUGGAAUUUUCCCAGCUGGCAGGUUACCAGAUGUACGAAGAUCCCGUUCCAGCUGGAGGAAUCAUUACGGGAAUCGGUCGUGUCGCUGGGCAAAAAUGUCUGAUAGUAGCUAACGACGCAACGGUGAAAGGCGGGACUUACUAUCCGAUUACUGUAAAAAAACAUCUAAGAGCUCAAGAGAUAGCCAGAGAGAAUCGCCUGCCGUGUAUUUACCUUGUAGAUAGCGGGGGUGCGAAUUUACCUCACCAGUCGGAGAUUUUUCCUGACAAGAAUCAUUUCGGGAGGAUUUUUUACAACCAAGCGAACAUGAGCGCUGAGGGAAUCCCCCAAAUUGCUGUGGUCAUGGGAAGUUGCACUGCUGGAGGCGCGUAUGUACCUGCGAUGGCUGAUGAGAAUAUAAUUGUUGGUAACCAGGGGACUAUUUUCCUCGCUGGACCUCCGUUGUCGCCGCUGGACGUCAAUAUAAAUGAAAUUGACACUCCUAAGCACAACGUCGAUGAAAUUUACGGAAUCGUUGGAGCUAAUUUAAAAAAACCCUUUGAUGUAAAAGAAGUAAUCGCAAGAAUCGUCGACGGUUCGCGGUUCAGUGAGUUCAAGCAACAGUACGGAGAGACUCUAGUUACGGGGUUCGCUCACAUCUACGGCUACCCUGUUGGAAUCGUCGCGAAUAAUGGAGUCCUUUUCUCAGAGAGCGCUUUGAAGGGAGCUCACUUUGUCCAGCUCUGCUCCCAGAGGAAAAUUCCUCUCGUUUUCCUGCAAAACAUCACCGGCUUCAUGGUAGGAAAAGACGCCGAAGCCGGCGGAAUCGCUAAGAAUGGAGCUAAGAUGGUUACCGCUGUGUCUUGCGCUAGAGUUCCGAAGAUAACUGUCAUUAUCGGCGGCUCGUACGGGGCAGGAAAUUACGGUAGAAUGUGCGGAAGAGCCUACUCUCCGAGGUUCAUGUACUCUUGGCCUAAUGCUAAAAUUUCGGUGAUGGGAGGAGAACAAGCUGCGGGGGUGCUCGUUCAGAUUGCUAAAGAACAGCGGCUGAGGGAAAAUAAACCUUGGAGUCAAGAAGAGGAGGAUAAGUUGAGGAAUCCAGUCGAUACAAGAACAGUGAUCGCAAUGAGUUUAGCCGCCUGUGUCAACGCUCCGAUUCCUAAAACGAACUUCGGGAUCUUCAGGAUGUAA